AUGGCAGCUAGGAACCCAGGGCCAAUAAUUCUGGACCCACCAGUGGGAUUCCCUCCGUUUAAAAACUGGGUAAACAGAGACCAUAUAUCAAGGAGGCUGUUCAGAGAGUCAGAAGUGAACACGAGAAUAUACAAGUACAUAUAUAAAAAUUUCGGCCUCAAGGGAAGCGUGCCAAUAGACAAUAAGGUGGGACUCUACAGAAUAAGGCUGCGCUGCAUAGGAGGAGGCUAUGGGCACGGAAUAUUCAGGUUCACGAGAAUGUCGAAGCUGGCCUUUUUGCAGGUGGCGAGGGAAGGCUGGCUGCGAAGGUACGGGUACAGGCCAGAUCUGUUCAGAUGA